GUCUGUUAGCGCGACUUUCACCGCCUGCCAUUUUUCUCGUUAUCCUCUUCCAUCGCGGCGUCAUGGUCAAGCACUCGUCCGUCGCUGAGGCAUACUCCAUUCUCGGUCUUCAAGAGAGUGCCACUCUUGAAGAGGUCAGAUCUGCUUAUAGGCAGCAUGCGCUACGAACUCAUCCAGAUAAAAAUCCUGACAAUGCCGAUGCUACAGCACAAUUCCAGGCAGUCGGCGAUGCAUACAAUGUCCUCCAAAGACACCUGGAUCCGCCUACUGGACCUAGACGCAUGCACCAUCAUGGCAUGGACAGUGACGAAUAUGACGACUACGAGGACUACGAGGACAAUCUCUACGAUUCUGAGUACGAAGGAGACCCCACUGGAUUUUUCACGUACAUGUUUUCUCAGUUUGUGAAUGGAGAACAUAUGUAUUUUAGACGACCCGACCCUCACCGUAAUUAUCGUCGCCGAUCCACCUCCCCUGAGACCCCUGAACAAUACAGGGCUCGAAUCGAGCGGACUCGCGCAGAGCAAAUUGAGGCAGAAAAACGGCGCCAGGAAAAGGCAGCUGAACGCAAAGCUUUUGAAGCGCGGCAACGCGAGAAGGAACGCAAAGAGGCAGCCGAGAGGCAACAAGCCAAAGUAGCUUCCAAGAAGGCAGAAUUUGUGGCCGCUCGUCAGAAAGCGGCUGAGACUGCUGAGGCUCAGCAACGGCGUGUCCAGACUAUUAGAUCAGCCGCCUUUUCGGCUGCACGUAAGGGAGACGCAGCCAAAGUCAGGCAGGCAGUUUGGGAACAGAAUGUCGAUCCUGCUGGAGGCGAAAUCAAGCCUGGUUGCGAAACCUACGUCAAGAGGCCGCCUGAUGAUCUGAAGGAAACACUCAUGCAUAUCGCUACACAGCAAGGUGACGUUGACCUCGUGGAGUGGUUAGACGCCCACAGUGCAGAUCCGGAAGAGCGCAACUCUGCAGGGCUAUCGGCCUUCCACUUGGCGCUUCAGCAGGGUUGUAUCCCAAUCAUAAACCAUUUCUUCCAGUCAUAUGAUCCGAAGCAAGACGACGACCAUAGUGCGAUUUAUAGCCUCUCACAACCAAUGUCGCUUCUUUCUCUAGCUUUGCAAUCUUGCCAGCCCGAGGUUGUGUGGUUGAUCCUCGACAAGGGUCUGGCUUCCACUCAAGAUAUCGGAAAUGCCUGGACACAGGUGACGUCUGGACAGGUCAAUCAGCCACUGUUGAAGAAGCUUCCCCGAGAUAGUGUCAAAUUUUCGGAGAUCCAGAACCUUCUGAUGACAUUUGGAGGGUUUACACCGCCAUCAACACCAAAGGUUUCGAGUCCAAAGGAUACGAGACAUAAUUCGCCUUCUCCCCUUUCGCCGCUUGCACCGGAUGGUUCAGCUAAGAGUCGUCAGCAGACUCGUGGCAAAAAACAACACUUCAACCAACCUCGUCCUAACGCUCAACCUGCCAAAACACCCCACAACAGCGUCCCGCCUGCGCCCUCACAACCCGGCGAGGGUCAUCAGCGGGCUCCCGGAGGCAGUCGUGGGCAGGGUCGCGGACGGGGUCGGGGUCGUGGUCGGGGUCGCGGACGAGGAACCUAGAUCGUUAUUCAGCGAUCACAUACCCCUGUCCCGUGCCCUCCUCUGCUCAUCAGCAUAUCUCAUGAUUCCUUCCCUUUCAUUCUUUCAUUACUUGGCACAUACCUCCCCUUCGCAUCAGGUCUCUUCUUGACUGCAUCAUGCAUCCAUAGUAUCAAUUGAGUCAUCCCAUCGUCUUCAUACAGCUGACAUCGUGAUCACGAACUAAUGUUCAUAUCGCAAACUUGUGUAAUAUUUACUCUAUGCGCAUACAAUUCUCGUAUGUAAAUUAAAUCGUUCUUAGUAUUCUUUGAUUGCCUUGGCUGAGCACU